UGUUGUUGUUGGUGAGAACUUACACUAGAGAUGAGGUCCGACACAUCGAGACACAACAUUGGAACAAUUCUGUGACUACUACAAAAAGUUUGUUUUAAUUUAACAUGCAUUGCUGCACGACAGUGUCAGUUCCUAAAGUGUGUUUUGUAGCUGUGAAUGCAGCCUGCCUACCGGGUUCUCUUUACACGAGCCUGUUUAUCUUCUCACAGGCUGGGUUGCUCCGCAAGCAGCUAAAUGAGGUCCAGACAGGGAAGCAAGAGCUGGUCAUUAAAUAUGAGGAACAACUGCAGCGUGUCAAAGAUGAGUUGUCUAAGCUGAAACGCAGCUACCAGAAGCUUCAGAGUAAACAGCUGAAGGAGUCUCGUGAAGGAGCCAAGAGCCGAGAGGAGGACAGGACAGAGGUGACCCGCCUCAAUGGAAAGAUAGAGGAGUUCCGUCAGAGAGUCAGCCCAGUCAGAGAACCAGAGGAUGCAGUACCAAGCUUGAGUGUCGUCCCUGGAGACCCAGAGGAAGGGUCUGGCAGAGCAGUUCACUAA